AUGACACAAAAUUCAUGUCGUUCUCAUCUAUCUCAACCUGGAAGUUCAUCUCCACCAAAAACCAUAUUCAUGGUCCAGCUACUCCUAGCCGACCAAUGGAGAAUAAAGCCCACAUGUGCCCCACUGCAAAAUCUGCUCAAUAGCCUCAGCUUGUCUCACCUCCACUACGCAAGGGCUGCUCCAACUAGCAAUUCCUCAAGACACCCAACGUGUCUUCAUCUACCUUCUCUCGUAGCCCAAUCUCUCGCGGGUCAGUGGAGCAAAAAUGGAGACGAAAGGACAGAGCUUCUCUCCUCUAUUUCACGACCCGGAUCAGCCAAACAGAUCAACAAGCAACAGAAACUAAGAAGUUUCAAACUGGCGACGCCGCCGACCAAGUCCCAUAUAUAUGCCGACCAUACUUCGCCAUUUCCCUCAACCCCGUGUCAUCGAUACCAACCAGAUUUACCUCCGUCGCUGGUCAGUUUACUACGCCGCCGACUAGACCCACAAUCUCAGUACAUGGGACAGCCAAGCUAG